AGCUACAGAUGGACCCCAAUAGAUGGCACCCUAAAAAGCGCAGAAAAACCCGGCCCAUGGUAACUUAGCAACAACACCAUAACCUUUCGUAAUAAAUGCUCAAAAUAGUAAAACAUUGGAAGUGUAGUAGUGUAGAGUGUUUUGCUGUGAUCGAGCACAAGUGAUCAAACGUAAAAUAUUAUUGAUUAUUAUCCCUGAAAAAAUGCACCUUAUAAAAAACAUCAUUUCGAUGCCGUUAUUCAGAGGAAAUACCUGUCUCUUAAAAAAUCUCACUUCAUCACCGAAUUUGUGCACAAAAGUUGCAAAUGAAGGGGAGAAUGAGGUGCAGUCAGCAAAGCCGAAUGUUCAAUUGGGUGGAUUUGCAAAGGCAUUCGAGAAAUUUAAUGCCCCUGAGCCACAAGAGGAACCCAAGCAGAACCCGAGUUUCGCUAGUCUCUUGAGGAAUUCAAAAUUCAUUGAUAUGGGUGCCCCGGAGGGAAAAAUAGUGACAGGAAAGAUAUUUCAAGUCGUGGAUGAUGACUUGUAUAUCGACUUUGGCUGGAAAUUUCACUGCGUGUGCCCCAGACCUUUCAAAAAUGCCCAGGAGUACGUGAGAGGUGCAUCUGUACGACUGCGGGUGAAAGAUCUGGAGUUGUCGGCAAAAUUUCUAGGUGCUAAGACGGAACUCACUAUAUUAGAAGCUGAUUGCACCUUGCUCGGAUUGAUCAAUAGCCCAGCGAGGCAAACGACAACAUAAAAUUGUUCCUUCCAUCAUAGUUCUUUGUAAUAAAUCAUUUCUUCUUACCAA